GCGGUGCCGCGGCCGCGCUUCCCUCCCGGCCCGGCCAUGCAGGUCCCGGCGGCGGCGGAGCGGAACAAGGGCCCGAUCCUGGCGGUGCUGCGGGAGUGCGCGGGGCCGGGCGCGGCGCCGGGCGCGCUGCGGGCGCUGGAGGUGGGCGCGGGCUCGGGGCUCCACGCCGCGCACUUCGCGCGGGCGCUGCCGCAGAUGCGCUGGCAGCCCUCGGACAUCGACCCGCGGGCGCUGCGCAGCAUCGCUGCCUACGUGGAGGCCACGGGGCUGCCCAACCUGCUGCCCCCCAUCCUGCUGGACGUGUCCCAGGGCUGGGAGACCUGGGGGGGCACCCAGCCCGCCAGCCUGGACCUGCUGGUCAGCAUCAACAUGAUGCACAUCUCAGAGCUGCGCUGCACCGAGGGCCUGUUCAGGGGUGCCGGGGUGCUGCUGAAGCCCGGAGGUGUGCUCUUCACGUAUGGGCCCUACGCCGUGGACGGCCACAUCAGCCCCCAGAGCAACGUGGACUUUGACCGCAGCCUGAGGCAGAGCAAUCCCGCCUGGGGGCUGCGGGACACGGCAAUGCUGCGGGAGCUGGCCCAGGCCAACGGGCUGAGCCUGGAGAGGAUGGUGGACAUGCCGGCCAACAACAAGAGCCUGAUCUUCCGCAAGCUGUAACCCGCCCUGCCGGCACUGCUGUCCCCACUGCUGCCUCCUGCAGGGUGUCACUGUCCCGCCGUGGCUGCCACUGCGGCUGGGGACAGCAGUGAUGGGACAGAGCCCCGCUCACCCAGCUGGGGCUGGCUUGGCUGGGCAGGGUCCAUCUGCCCUGGUGCCUUUGGGGCUCCCUUCGCAGUGGGAUGCCCCAGCCUGGGCCACAGGACCCAGCACAGCUGCCGCGGGGGGGCACAGGUGUGGAGGGGAUAACACCCCUGGGCAUGGGGGAGACUCCUUGCUCCAUUUUCUUGGAGGAUGCUGUGCCAAUGGUGUCUCCCUUCCCCCUUUCCUCAGGAUUGUGCUGUUGUCCCCCCAAUAAACUCUGUGGCUUUGCCCCCCAUA